GCUACUUGCUAGAAGAUGUAACAUAUAUAAGUCGAUCUUAGGAUGAUAUUCACAGUAUAAUUACUUCCAUACUUCUCUCUGGCAUUGAAGCUAUGGAAUUCCAUCUCUCAUCUUCCUCAACUCUAACAGCCAUCUUGUUUGUUACUGUAAUUGCUUUUCUGCUCCAGAUCCUGAACAGAAAGAGGGUUAACAAAGAGCCACCUAGAGCAAAGGGGGCAUGGCCUAUUAUCGGACACCUACACCUUCUAGGUGGAUCGAACCUCCCUCAUCAUGUUUUAAGUGAUAUGGCAAACAAAUAUGGCCCUAUUUUUACCAUUAAGCUCGGAGUUCACCAGGCUCUGGUAGUGAGUAACGCCGAGAUAGCCAAAGAUUGCUACACCACAAAUGACAAAGCCUUUGCAAGCCGACCCAAGUCAACGGCGGCAGAGAUCAUGGGGUAUAACUACGCCUUGAUCGGCCUUGCUCCAUAUGGCGAUUACUGGCGAAAAGUGCGCAAGAUGCUCACACUGGAAGUCUUCUCUCAACGAAGAGUGGAGAUGAUCGAACAUGUUAGAGUUUCAGAAGUUAAAGCAUCCAUGAAAGAUAUGUAUGAGACCUGGCUAAAGAACAAAGAGAGUGAAGGUUCCGACAUGGUAAAGAUGGAGUUGUCAGGAUGGUUUGGGAGCAUGAUACUUAAUGUUGUACUUAGGAUACUUUCUGGAAAGAGGUUGCCGCUUAACCAUAAAGAAGGCAUUCGAUCUCGAAAGGCGGUUAGAGACUUCUUUGAGCUGUUGGGCGCGUUUGUGGUGUCCGAUUUCGUUCCAUUCUUGGAAGUGUUCGACAUCGGAGGAUAUAAGAAGAAGAUGAAAGUAGCUGGGCAAGAGAUGGACAACAUCUUAGAAGGAUGGUUGCAAGAGCGCAAGAGGGAGAAAGCGUCCGGCCAGAACCAACAUGAAGGGAACCAAGUCUUCAUAGAUGUCUUGAUUUCCAUUCUCCAAGACGCUUCGGAAGAGGAUUUUCCCGGUCAUGAUCAUGAUACAGUUAUCAAAGCCUCAUGCCUGGCAAUACUUAUCGCGGCCUCAGACUCGAUGGCUGUGACUUUAACAUGGGCUUUAUCUUUGCUGCUCAACAACCCAAAAACAAUGAAAAAUAUCCAAGAUGAAAUUGAUGAGCAUGUUGGAAGGAAUAGGCUGGUGCAACAAUCAGACACUAAAAAAUUAGUCUACCUUCAAGCGGUCAUCAAAGAAACAUUGCGUUUACACCCACCAGGACCUCUCUCCGUUCCUCAUGAGUCCACAGAGGACUGCGUUGUGAGCGGCUACAACAUCCCAAAAGGUACACGCUUGUUGGUAAAUCUUUAUAAAUUGCACCGCGAUCCAAAUGUAUGGUCGGAUCCUUACGAAUUUCAGCCUGAAAGAUUCUUAACAACUCAAAAGGAUAUAGAUCUUAGAGGAAAUCACUUCGAACUACUUCCCUUUAGUAGUGGGAGAAGAAUGUGCCCGGGUAUAUUCUUUGCCCUAGAGUCUUUGUCUUUAGCACUAGCUAGUGUGUUACAACAGUUCACGGUAACAAAAACUUCAGAUGAGCCAAUUGAUAUGACUGAAGGCGUGGGACUGACUACGGACAGAGCAACGCCACUUGAGGUCCUAAUUGCCCCUCGUUUAUCUUAUAAUAUGUAUUCUACAGAUGCAUGAAAUAUUUUUAUAUAUGCCCCGGAAAAAAUUACGAGCCCACUCACCUUUAAAGAUGUCAAAUCUGAAGGUUUCUAAUUUCAAAAGUAAGUCUUUAAGCUCUGAUCAGAAGACAUCAACUCUUGAAUAUAUAAGCUUUAUUCUGAUGUAAAGUAAACGUUGUGGUAUAUUUUUUUUUUCUAAUUGUAUGUUUUCUCCAUUUCUGAUUCAAUAUGCAAAUAAAUCUUCUAUGAGUAUUCUUAUUA